AAAUACAGAUAGAGAAACGGAGAUGGAAGAAAGAAGUGUAAGCAAAACCUGUAAUUAUCUGUACCUGAGGGGACCUAAUGGACGCUCACACCUGUUCACCUGUCCUAUUAACCUAACUUAUUCUAUCCACUUGUCCUAUUUAAUCCACUUGUAUCAUUUUCUUGACCUAUGCACCUGUUCUAUCCUUCUGUUCUGUUCUGUUCACCUGUCCUAUCCACCUGUCCUGUCCACCUGUUCCACCCACCUGUGUUAUUCUGUUCACCUGUCCACUCAUUCACCUUUAUGAGUAGCGGGGCCUCUUCUUCGGUGGCUCCUCAUCAUCAUCUUCUGAGCGCACUAUGAUGACGCUGUCCUCUUCCCUACACAGCCUCAGGUUCAGGCUAAAGGGGAUUGAGAACAGUUUUAAAGGAGUCGAGUCUGAGGUUAAGUGAAUCGAGUCAGAGUCAAAGGACACCGAAUCUGAAUUUAAAGGAGUCGAGUUUGCGUUUAAGGGGGACGAGUCCGAGUUAGAGGGAAUCGAAUCCGAAUUUUGAGGAAUCGAAUCCGAAUUUUGGGGAACUGAAUCCGAAGUUAAAGGAAUCGAGUCUUCAUGUGAGGGAGUCCGAUCGCCCAUCACGCCGCUGGACGAGGAAAGGAGACUGAUCCACCAGGCCACUCCAUUGGGCGGCCACUUCACUGCGUUACUCCACUGCCCCACCAGCGCCUGCACCCCCUCGGAGGAGACGUACCAGACCCGCGUAGGUCGCCACUCGGCCCAGUCGUCCCGCCUCUGGAAGAAAACCAUAUACCCCUCAUCCUCUGACCUCAUGGGCCACGUCGGGGGGGAGAUGGUCGUGGAAGAGGACGAGGGCGGUGAGGUAUUCGGGUCCUCAGAGAAAGAAGUGGACCUGGUUCUCUUUGGCAUGUUGGUUUUCAAAGGACUCGUCAAAGUGUUGUUCUGAAGCACUUCAUGAUCCUUAGUUGCAUUGAAAUCGCCUGUAGAAGACUCACGCAUCUGGUUCGCGCACAUUCCGAACAAAUGAGACAGUACCAAGGCCACAUUCCGUUCACUUUCCUUCCUGCUCCUCACCGCGUGUGUUCCUGACCCUGUGCUCGUAUUAUCGCUAAAUUCCCGCAUCAUCCUGCCUCUCCCAGCGAUGGUCGGCUGUUUUACGUGUAGUACAAAGAUGGCAGUGAGGGGGGGCAGCACAGUGUUCAUUGAUGCCUCGGCACUUGGGGAGCUGACGAGCCAGCUGACGUCCCAAGACCUAGAGAGUCUUGUGGGCAACAUCCAGCCGGCAGACUUGAAGGCUCUGCAGGAGGCAACUGAGGGUCAUGUGGUGGACACUCCUGGAGUGCUCAUCUCUGAUGGGGUGACAGUGGGCAACAUUGUGGAGGUGGAGGGUGUAGAGAGCGGAGUGCUGGAAGAGUCUCAGCAGCUGGACUCCCAUGCUCACCACCAGCCAAUGGAAGUGGACACCCUCACUGACCAUGACCAGGUCAUUGGUGAAAUGGACAUGCUGCAACAGGGUGGUGAGCUGAUUGGCAUGGCAGGAGAGGAGAUGUCCACAGGCGGUGAGGCUGCCACCACCUCGGCUCUGCUGGCUUCUGUGUCUUCGGGUGACUCCUCUUCCUCCCAGAUAGUUUCAGAGACGCCACAGCUCAUAAAGAGCAGCUUGGGCCAGUUUGUAGUUCUGCAGCAGAACCAGAAUAACAUCUCUAUUGGUUCCAUGGCCAACCGAAUCAUCACAUCGGGCGGCCAGGUGGUGAGCACAGUGUCGGGCCCUAGCAGCAGCAACAACAGCAAGCCGGUGGUGGUGAACACAUCUCAGCUCAGUGGGGGAGUGAGGCAGCAGAUGGUGGUCACCUCGCAGGCCCACCCAGUGCGGACGGUGCAGUUCAAGCAGUCAUCGCAGACCCAGUCACACAACAGCAGCGGUACGGUGACCAAGGUGAUCAUCGGCAGUCAGGCUGGCGGGGGCAUGAGCAACAUUGGGAGCCAGCAGGUGCGCCUCAUCACCAGCCAGAGUGGUAAUACUGCAGCCUCCCCUGCCAAGCUGACCUUGCAGCAGGCACAGCAUGUGGGCUUCUUGCCAUCCUCCAAGCCACAGGGCCAAUCUCCAAACAAAAUUGUUGUGCAGCGGGUGAGUAUGGGUGGAGUGUCCCCUGUGAAGAGUCCCAAUAAGUUGGUCCCUGUGUCCUCCAAGUCACCCACCAAAAUUGCCCCAGCCCCUCCUUCCACACAGCAGAUUUUAACUCAAGUGAGCAGUGGUGGAGCUGUGAGGAACAUUCUUUCAAGUCCUCAGAAGAUUGUCAUAAAGAGCAAUAUUCCUCAACCUGGACAGGGGACAGUGAGCACCGUCCGGAGUGGCCAGAUUGUCACUUCUGGGGGACAGCAGGUCAUCAAGAUUCCAGCCAAUCAAGUGCAGCAACUGACAGCACAGCAGCAAAAUGUGCAAGUUCUCUCCAAUAAGGGGAACAAGCAGCGGGUGAUCAUCCCAGUGUCCGGCUCAGGCUCGUCCAAUGUGUCAGGUGGGAUGCCUCAGACCAACCUGACCCUCCCAGCCUCUGCCCUGCCCCCAGGAGUCCUUUCCAACACCCAGCCAGGUUCAGUGGUUAUGAUCCCAGCUCACUACAUGUCACAGCUUCAGUCAAACACUACAAGCAACAGCACAAUUCAAGCAUCAAACCAGAUUCCUCCAGGAACCAUCAUCCCACACACCACAAAGCCACAGCCUUCUCGCACAAUCAUUGAUGCAAAUGGGAUCAGACCAAGAAAACCUUGCAACUGUAAAAAGAGCCAGUGUCUUAAAUUAUACUGUGAUUGCUUUGCAAAUGGAGAAUUUUGCAACAACUGUAAUUGUGCAAACUGUUUCAACAAUUUAAAUCAUGAGGAGGAUAGACAGAAAGCAAUCAAGGCAUGUUUGGAUAGAAAUCCCCAAGCUUUCCGGCCAAAGAUUGGCAAAGGUGGAAGCGAUAAUGAAAGGAGACACAACAAAGGCUGCAACUGUAAGCGGUCUGGGUGCCUGAAGAACUACUGUGAAUGUUAUGAGGCCAAGAUCCCAUGCUCCAACAUGUGCAAGUGUGUGGCUGCUGCAAGAAUGUGGACAUGACACCAGCACUGGAGAGGAAGGGACUGAUGCAGCUGGCCAAAUGUGCUGAAGCACGGGUCAAUCAGCAGAAGGCCGUUAAAUCAAAAUUACCUUCAUUCUCACAUCACUCACCCAAUAAAAUGAUUCUUCCUACCAC